AUCCAACUUUGAACUUGCCACUUGUGAUUUCACCCGGUGGAUUGAAGCCCUAACUUAUUAUCACACCAGUACGGAGUACCUACUCCGUACACCUAUUCCCAAAAAGACCAAAUCCCAUACCAAGACAAGGAGACUCAGCUAGGCAGGCUUCGUUAAAGAAGCAAAGAAAUAGGGAAUAUGGCCUAGUUGCGAAUUUUUAACCACUUAGGGUAAACAAUCCUUCUAUUUCUUUCUCCCAAAUUUGAUCCUCGUCAACCCUCAAGAUUCGACAUGGCCAAACGCUCACGUAAGGACUCUGCACCUGAGCCAUCCGAGCUCGCGCCUACUUUUGCAAUCGAGUCGGAACCUUUGGCUCUCGCCAGCCAUUUGCCUCAACGCAAGCAUGUGCACUUGGAUGCGUCCGUGCAAUCUCCAGAAUUGAUACGCUGUGCUUUCCCUCCACACCGGAAGCCCGUAUCUUUUUCGACGUAUGAAGAAUAUGAGAUUCACUACAAGCAGUCUCAUGUCAAUCGGUGUUCGGAAUGUGGAAAGAACUUCCCGUCCGAGUUGUUUCUUGCUCGCCAUAUUGAAGAGAAUCAUGAUCCGCUUACUGCUGCGAGAAGAGAGCGGGGAGAGAAAACGUUCGGUUGUUUUGUGGAAGGCUGCGAACGGAGAUGCUCUACACCUCAGAAGCGGAGAAUGCAUUUGAUAGACAAGCACUCCUUCCCGAGAACCUAUAAUUUUUACAUCAUAAACGACGGUAUAGAUAAGCAUAAAUCACUUCUCAAGUCCAGUUUGCCACAACAUAGACGAGUCUCGAUACCGGCGUCUACGCAGCAUGAAGCCCCUCGACGAAGGCUUCAGCCGUUCGAAUCUAUGAAAACCUCCACUCAGGCCACCCCAGCUCCCGCUGAACCUCCAUACGUUCAGGUACCCAAUAGCAAAACACCGAAUCCCUUUACGUCAAACCAUACAUCGCCUAGGGAUCAAAGUGAAACCGUACAUAUAUGUACCUCCGACCAUGAUGUUACUGAACUCACAAACUCAAUGUCAGCGCUAAAAUUUAUCCCGACAAGCGUUCUACUACGGCAAGAUAGGGAAAAAUCAAGUGCAUCUUCGACAACGACCUGAAGACCACGAUUAUUCCUUUGGGAUUCGUUUUGGGAUUCUCGCUCAAAACACUACCUAAAGGGAGAGUUGAAAUAUUGAAAUUGAAUUAUUCACUACUUGGGAUACAAACAUCAAUGGGAAGUCUGCUCUCGCUAGGUUAAAUAGUACGAAUACUUUGUCAACUGUCCUACACAAGUGAACCAAAUAUCGUACUAUCGAGAACAUAAACGAAUUCCCAGGCUAUAUCCAUCUAUGGAACCUCGAAGAUUUCCUCUCCAUAUUGACCAGAACGACAUACCAAAACGGGUUAUAAAGAUUUUGUGUACAAAAAUAAACGCCAAAACACAACGGAUAUCAUGAAUUACCCAAGCCAUGAAUAUCAAAGAUGCUCUAUGCGGGAAGAAAAUCGGAUCAGGAAAGCGGCCCCAUUUCCAACAAAUCAGCAUAAAUCUCCAAACUCGAACCAAUCAAGUCAACAAUCGGCCA